CCCUCUAUAUAAUAUAUAUAAGGGAAAUCUUCCUUUCAUUUCCCCAUUCAUAAAUCAUACUUGGUGUCAUUCAUUUUCUCUCUACAAAACCCACCUACUACAGUUAAGAAGAACUACAAGAUCACAAGAUGAGUUCAGCAAUUAAAGCUUGGACCGUUGCAGCUAGCGUUGGAGUUGUGGAGGCCUUAAAAGACCAAGGUAUCUGCAGGUGGAACCAUGCUUUAAGAUCAGUUCAACAGCAUGUCAAAAGCCACGUUGAUGUUGGUUCAUUCUCUCAGACAAAGAAGCUUUCUUCAUCCUCUUCUAGUUCUUCUGCUAUGCUCUUCACAGGGCUAAAAAAGGAGAAGGCUAAGCAGUCAGAGGAGUCAUUCAAGACGGUUAUGUACUUAAGCUGCUGGGGUCCCAAUUAGAUAUCAUUGGCCCCAUAAGAAAAUAUUCCUUUUCUUUCAAUUCAAGGAAUCAUGCUUUGUCACAAGUGAAGAUGAGGGGUCAGAUUUCUGUGUUUAGUAAUGAAACAACUCUUGUCUUUGUGUCAUUCCUUGUGUAAAUUUUGAUAAAUGAUACUACAGUGUUCAGUGUUCGCAAUUCCCA